AUGUCAAAACAAAUCAGAGAGCAGAUUAAUAGGAAUCCAGGUAUUCCUACAAGGGCACUUCAAGAAGAACUUGAACAGAAGUUGCAAGUGAGGGUCUCUUGGAUGAAGGCUUUUAGGGCUAAACAACAAGCAAACAUAGACUACAAGGGUGAUUAUCAUAGUCAAUAUGAAUUGCUUAGAUAUUAUUGUGAGGAGUUGAGGUUACAAAAUCCUGGUACCACUGUGAAAAUAGAAGUAGAGAGAACACAUAACCCAGAUGACCCAACAAGGCAGUUCAAGAGGAUAUACAUCUGCCUGGGAUCUCUUAAAUCAGGAUUCAAAGCAUGUGGCAGGGACUUGAUUGGGUUGGAUGGUGCUUUCAUGAAGGGUCCUUACCCAGGUCAAGUUUUGACAUUUGUUGGAGUGAACUCAAAUAAUGGCAUCUAUCCAAUUGCAUAUGCAGUUGUUGAAGUAGAAAAUAGGGAUUCCUGGACAUGGUUUUUUGAAUAUCUUGGGGAUGAUUUUGAAUUGGCAACUAAUUCAAACUUUACUUUCAUUACAGACAUACAAAAGGGUCUAAUUCAAGCAAUAAAUAAUGUGUUCCCUACUGCUGAACACAGGUAUUGCUUGAAACGCAUUCAUGAAAACAUGAAGUUGCAUUGGAGGGGAAGGGCAUACAAAGACCAUUUGUGGAGAUGUGCAACUGCAACUACUAAACCUCAAUUUGCAGCAGCCAUGGAAGCCUUUAAGAUGAUGAAUGUGGAUGCAUACAACUUGUAA